CAGCCAGCGCCAAUCGAAGAACUCGCAGGACUGACGCACCUAUCGCGAGGUUAUCACAUUAGCUUGGUUAGUUAGCUAGCCGCGAAAAGACAGGUCGUGUGUGCGCUCUUUAUGGUUUUAUUUUAUUCUUCUAACGCAUUGAGAGGACUGCGUAUUGCUCAUUGAUUAUUGACUCCUCACGUGUGCAGGAAAGCAUAAUCGCAGGACCUUGUGUUUGCUCGGAUCCAAUGAUGAGUUAUGCCGAAAAGCCAGAGGACAUCACAAAAGAAGAGUGGAUGGACAAAUUAAACAACGUUCACAUACAGAGGGCGGAUAUGAAUCGGCUCAUUAUGAAUUACCUGGUGACAGAGGGCUUUAAAGAGGCAGCGGAGAAAUUCCGGAUGGAGUCUGGUAUUGAGCCGAGUGUGGACCUGGACUCUUUGGAUGAAAGGAUAAAGAUCAGAGAGAUGAUCCUGAAGGGCCAGAUUCAGGAAGCUAUUGCACUCAUUAACAGCCUACACCCGGAGCUGCUUGACACCAAUCGAUACUUGUAUUUUCAUCUGCAGCAGCAACAUUUGAUUGAGUUAAUCAGGCUAAGAGAGACUGAGUCAGCGCUGGAGUUUGCUCAGACACAGCUGGCAGAGCAGGGGGAGGAGAGCCGGGAGUGUCUGACGGAGAUGGAGCGAACGCUAGCCCUUUUGGCCUUUGACAAUCCAGAAGAGUCGCCCUUUGGAGACCUGCUCAAUAUGAUGCAGCGGCAAAAGGUGUGGAGUGAGGUGAACCAAGCGGUGCUGGACUAUGAAAACAGGGAGUCGACGCCCAAACUGGCCAAACUGCUGAAGUUGCUGCUGUGGGCUCAAAAUGAGCUGGACCAGAAGAAGGUGAAAUAUCCCAAAAUGACUGACCUUAGCACAGGCACCAUCGAGGACCCCAAGUGAAACCAACAGACAAGAACAGCCACCUUCCACAUCUCCUUAAUUUAUGAUCAGUCAGUGACUGUGUGACAACCAGGUAACAUAUAUGUAUAAACAAAUGCUACAGUGUUUCUUUUUUUUUUUUUUUUUCUUCAUGUUUCAUUCAUGAGAGGUAAGACUUAACUCAUUGUGCAAACUGUAAAUUGCUGUAUUUGCAAAGUGGCAGAAAUUAUUUAGUUUAAAUACUGAUCCUGGAUUUUUAGAAAGCUUUCAGAGAAAACAACAUUUAAAUUGCUGUUUUAUAUUUUGUCUUUUUAAAGCCUACGCUGGUAGUAUUAUUUAUCGUGACCAUUUUCCCCACCAAACUUUUAUUUUUGCCAGAAAAAGUUGAUGGUGUGAAUGAUGGUGUGGAGGCGGGAGAGGGAGGGGCGAAAAAAUCGAGGCUUCCGAGUAUGGAGAAAUGACAAAAUGUGACUAUUUUUCAAAAUGGAAAGCUACACUUUAUCUAACUUUAAUUGUGUAAUAUUUGUGAUUUUAUGGUUUUAUUUACUAUGAUUUUUUUUUUUUUUUUGUCAGUUUGCUAUAAAAUCAGCCACAUGCUUUUUACACCUUGAAAUUUGAUUGUACCUUGUGUCUAUGGGAUGAACUGCCUUGUAAAGUCAUGAUUUCAAGCGUUUGAGACGGUGAAAAGAGUGCAAACAAAGAUGGUUUCUUACUGAGAUGAGGCCUUUUCUGAUCUCUGCGGUAUGCACUGCCUCCAACAUGCUCCAAAUGGUUUUCUGCUACACAGGUUUGAGGCCUUUGCUGUAUGUGGAUGACGGGGCUGUGAUUUAUGGCUGCUGUCUAGUUCAACACCCUCAUAUUUGAAAUGAAUUCAGACAGGAGCAGAUUCCUGUAGUCACUGGCUUUGUUUUGGUAACAAAAAAAAAUGACCCAAAGCUGAAACAUUUUGACUCUGAACAGGUGUUUUAAAGAGUGCUAUCAUUUUUCCACUUUUAAAAGCCAUUGGUACUUUCACUUUACCUGCAUGUAAGUGUCCCUUUGUUUUGUUUUUUUCAAUGGGGGGAAAAGUACUUGUGCUUGUUUAUUUUUGUUUGGUUUGUUUAUUUUUAUAAAAAGAAACAAACUUGCUGCUAGUUGUCCAUCCUUAAUUUCUUUUAAGGUUGUGUUGUCUUUAUAGAUACUGGCUUUGACCCAGAAAGCUCACAUCCCUUUUAUUAUUCCACAUUUCUAAGAUCAGAUUUGCAAUUAUUAAAAUAAACUUUUGU